AUGUUACCUGUGAAAUCACGGUUUGAGUAUUGGCUGGAAAGCCAGAAGAAUCCGCAGAAAAUUCUGUUCUUGAAAUAUGAAGAACUGAAAAGGGAUCCCAAGGGAGAGGUUAAGAAGCUUGCUGAAUUUCUGGGGAAGCCAUUUGCAAGUGAAGAGGAAAUUGACAAGGUUUUGUGGAGGUGCAGCUUGGAAAGACUCAAAAAUUUGGAGGUGAACAAGAGUGGAUCUAUUUUGUACAAUGUGCAUAACAGUUUAUACUUCAGGAAAGGUGUUGUUGGGGACUGGAAGAACUAUUUGACGCCUGAAACGGAAGAGAAAAUCGAUCAAACAAGCCGCAUCAAGCUUGAGGAGCAUGGCAUGUUUUUCUAG